AUGACUGAAGUACAAUUGCAAGAGAUUAAAUUAGACCCCGAUUCUGAACUUCGUUUUGAAGUUGAAACGAAAAAUGAAAAAGUCGUUUUGGAGGUUAAGAGUGGUUAUGCUGAAUUAUUCGGUACAGAACUGGUCAAAGGCAAGCCCUAUGAAUUCCACACGGGAGCGAAAGUUGCUGUGUUCACGUGGCAUGGCUGUACAGUGGAAUUGCGAGGACGUACAGAAGUUAGUUAUGUCGCCAAAGAGACGCCAAUGGUUGUAUACUUAAAUGUACAUGCAGCGUUAGAACAGCAAAGGGUAGCAGCUGAACAUGAAAACACAAGAGGGCCAGUGACUAUGGUUGUGGGUCCCGGGGAUGUUGGUAAAUCAACAUUGACUAAGAUACUUCUUAAUUAUGCAGUGAGGAUGGGCCGACGACCCAUAUUUGUAGACCUUGAUGUUGGACAAGGACAUAUAAGUGUUCCAGGAACUAUUGGUGCGUUAUUAGUGGAGCGUCCAGCCUCUAUAGAGGAGGGUUUCAGUCAGCAAGCCCCUCUAGUGUACCACUUUGGUCAUAAAUCACCCGGAGACAACUUGGAGUUAUACAACAUGAUUGUGUCACGUCUGGCUGAAGUUAUUGCUGAGAGAUGUGAAAAUAAUAAGAAAGCAUCAACAUCGGGAGUUAUUAUCAAUACAUGUGGAUGGGUUAAGGGAACGGGGUACAAAGUAUUGACUCAUGCUGCUCAGGCUUUUGAGGUUGAUGUUAUAUUAGUGUUGGACAAUGAGCGUCUUUACAAUGAAUUGAAGAGGGACAUGCCAAAGUUUGUAAAAGUUGUCUAUUUGCCAAAAAGUGGAGGGGUAGUUGAACGUUCCUCCACACAACGAGCUGAGGCCAGAGACGCUCGUAUAAGGGAAUACUUCUACGGAAAUCGGACUCCAUACUACCCACAUUCAUUUGAUGUUAAGUUCUCAGACCUUAAGAUAUAUAAGGUGGGCGCGCCGUCUCUCCCUGACUCGUGUAUGCCUCUGGGCAUGCGUUCGUCUGACGCCCUGACCCGCCUGGUGCCGGCCUGGCCGUCUCCCUCCCUCGCUCACCGGGUGCUGGCCGUGUCCUUCGCCCCCUCACCAGACGACCACGUGCUCGCUACUAACUUGGCUGGAUUCGUUUGUGUUACUGCAGUUGAUAUGGACCGUCAGACGAUGACCAUUCUGUCUCCACAACCUCGCCCGCUGCCAGACACUGUUCUACUGCUAUCAGAUCUACAAUACAUGGACAACCACUAG